GGUCGCACUUCAGCCAGGCUUUCUCUGCGGAACCAUCGAGCAACAGCUCCUUAGAUCCAGGGAGCGGAGAAAGUGUGACACACUUACCUAACACCAACAAUGUGAAAUGAAGGUUCUUUGACCAUGGUGUGAGAGGAUAAUCCAAAAUGGCCAACCGCUGUGUUCCACUAGUUUUGUUAGCCUGCGGCUCCUUUAAUCCCAUCACUAACCAGCACAUGAGGCUGUUUGAGCUGGCCAGAGACCACUUGCACAGCACAGGCCAGUACCAGGUGGUGGGUGGCAUCGUGUCUCCAGUGAGCGACGGCUAUGGAAAGCAAGGCCUGGUACUGGCUAAGCACCGCAUUGCUAUGGCAAAGCUGGCACUCAAGAGCUCCAACUGGGUCACGGUUGAUGAAUGGGAGAGCCAGCAGCCAGACUGGACGGAGACAGUGGUCACUAUGAGGUAUCAUUAUCAGCGUAUUCUAAAGGAGUAUGAGCAAAGGAGCACAGGAAUGCACACCAACUCCAGCAGUAACGCCACUCCCCUCUCAAGCCCCCCUCUCCAGCUGAAGCUCCUGUGUGGAGCGGAUUUCCUUGACACAUUCAAGAUCCCUGGCUUGUGGCAGGACGAGCACGUGGAGGAGGUAGCCGGGCGCUUCGGCCUGGUCUGCGUCAGUCGAGGCAGACUGCAACCCGAGCGGGCCGUGCAUGAUUCGGACACGCUCUCCCGCCACCAACAGAACAUUUUCCUGGUGAGGGAAUGGGUGAGGAAUGACACGAGCGCCACAGAGGUGCGGCGGGCUCUGAGACGGGGUCUGAGCGUGAAAUACCUGAUCCCAGACUCUGUGAUAGAAUACAUUCACCAGCACAACCUUUACACAGAGGACAGCGAGAGGAGAAAUAAGGGCACGGUGCUGAGGCCACUCACCAAGCAAGCACAACAGCCAGUGAACAGUCUGGAUGACUGAUGGACAGACUGCUGCAGCAUUGAGCUGAACAGGGGAUUCCUCGAAGAGUGAAUUCACUCACAGAUCAGUGCUUCUCGCUCUGUUUGCAUGGUCUACAGAGCGGAAGAGGUUUGCACAGCCUACAAAUGUCUGCAAAGAAACACGUUUGGCCUAAAUGUGUUUUCCAAGCUUCACUUGUUUUCAGUGGGAAGCAUCUACACAGUGCUGUGCUGUCUUUUGACUCAUACGCAUGAAGUCUUGCAAAUACUGAGCCCCAUCUUUGUUCCACAGUGAGAUUUGUCUGCCAAUAGUUUUCUAUUCUUUGUAGUUUUUCACAUCACACGUCAUUGCAGUUGGCUUAACUGAAUUAAAAUCAUCCAUAUAUGAAGUA